GCAAUCCAAAUUCGGAAUAGAGUGGAGCCCUCUCAGUUAAAAUGAAAAGCAAUAUUUGUAUGGUACUGAUCCUGCUAGGCUGUGCACUGAAUACCGUUCGGUCACAAACAACGGAGGUCCCAGAAACAACAGAGAUUGGAGAAACAACGGAGGUCUCAGAAACAACAGAGAUUCCAGACCCUACUAGUUUUCCACUUUUUACGUGCACUAGAUAUGCGGGAACUGAAGUCGACCUGAAAGGCCUUUCCGGUCUGUGGUUUGAGACGGCACGUGGUAUUAACAUCGAUAAGAUGGAAUGCCUGAACUACACACUGGCCGACAGCCCCAACGAUAAGAAUAGGCUGGAGUUGCAAGUACAGUAUGUGUAUGCCGGCGACAGCAAGUGGGACAGCGUCAAGGAAUCCAAAUCGUUGCUCUGGGAUGAUAAUGCUAAGAAUGGCGUCUUCACAUGGAAUAUCGGGGAAACCAGCACCAUACCCAUCACCUACAAGUUGGUUGAAACGGAUCUUGAUUCAUACGCCUUCUUCUGUGGUUACGGGGGCAUUUCAGAUGUGUCGCUCUUCAAGGUGUGGACACGCAAUCGCCAUUUGACCGUCGAACAGAAGAUUUUCAUCCAGAACAAGUUCAAGGAGAUAUUACGAAUUCAAGACCUCAACUGGGUGGAACAAUCAGAGGAAAAGUGCAAUAACUCCGCCAUGCGUACAGCCGGAGGAGCUCUUCUGGCAUUGGCUCUAGCGCUGAUUGCAGGUGUUAGAAAUAUUUAA